GCAAAGGAUCAAUUAUUCUCGACAGAACGAUGGAUAUUACUGUUUAUGUUAGACUUGGGCGUUCGAUAUACGCUUCUAGUCAUUUACCUCGUGCUAUCCGAUAACAGUUUCUCUAAGGAACUAGAGCCGGUGGAUCUCACUCUCACCACUUUGGAAAUGUUGGGUAUGUUCACUUCGGUUGUCCUGAUAAAUGAUACAUUUAUCUUAGUCUUGGUUAUGAAAAUUGUUGCGGUUCUCGAAGUUCUCAAGUUCUUGAUAUGCGUCGCCCUUGCUGUACACCUCGCGCUUUCGUUCAAUUCUCUCGCAAAACUCUGCCUUGCGAUAUUUCUUCUUAGUGUGUAUUCGGUUUCUGGGGGGUUUAAAUGUUGGUACGGCUACCACAUUAUCUCUCCUCCAAGGGAGCCGAUCCUUUCAAAUCCGCGGGGGAACGAUACGACAAUUCAUAUGGACUCGUACAAUGAAAACCAAGGCCCACUUUCAGUGGCGUAUCAAUGCCAGAAAGAACAGAGACAAGAGUGGAACUAUCACCGGGUGUCAGAGGAUCAGGUAUCUUGCUCAGAAGAGGAUCAAUUGUUCGAACAGGCCUCCGCGUCCUCACAUUGUCAACCUUUCCAUCCGAGGGUCUCAUCUCGCUUUGCUGAGAAUGCUACGCUGACGGCAUUAUCCUCUUUGCAAUCUGAGUCAUCACAGGAAAGGAGACGUUCCAUCGUGGAGCCAGUGAGUCGAAAACUUGAAGCUCAGGAUCACAAUACUGCUCCCUCCGCUCGACUACCAUUUCAAACCUACCCUCAUUUCCAUCCCCGAACAAGAUACCUCCAGAGCACUCUUCUAGACGUUACUGUUCGGUCAGCUAUUAUCCUUACGACUUUGGAACUAGUACUGGCUAUACAUUUCAUCUUCAUUGCUCUUGAUGUUGGUUUGAGCCUUAAUAGGGACAUUCUAUUCCCGGCUCUUGCCUCUAUAGGACUUUUCGUUACGCUUAAGUUGACUUUGAUCCAAAUAAGAGCUGUGUUCUUAGUAGCGCCAUCUUCACUAUUCGCAAUUAUUCUCCGAUUUUUUUCCGUCCUCGAAUGUGAGAACUGUAUCGAUGCGAGAACGAUGUCACUGAUUCAUAUCUUGUCCAUAUCCCUACAGUUUCUCAAUCUCUGUGCUCACUUAGCGGUUCCUAUUGCCAUGGUUUCUCAAUAUAUUGAACUAAGGUGCCGAAAAUGUACAUGCUGUGGACUGUCUGAAUGUCUUCGAAAUGAGGUUGCUUUGGGAUCAUUGGAAUAUCUGCCUUAUUCUGAGUGGAAGCAUAAGAAGCUCUCGGCUCCUAAUAAUUUGCGACUAGAGUAGAUAGAUAGUGUGAAUAUUAUCUUCCAAGUUCUCAAAUACCCC